AUGGACUCUCGAGCGCAAUCCGAUGCGACAACAGCAGACCCGCCGAGAGCAGAACCCCAGGUGGUAUUUCGUGGGAAGAAAAGAAAGUUCUACAGGAAACGAGAGGUUGAAGAUGUAGAAAACGGGGAUCAGGACACAAACACCACAGAAACCACCGAGGCCAGUGCAACCAGACCAGCCGUCGCUACGCCUUCAGAAGAUACAGAUGAGGAAGGCAUCGCAGUGGCCGAGGUUUUGCGAAGGCGCAAUGCGCGCAAGGCACGACUACGGGGAGUUGGCUUUGGGAACGAAAAAAAAAGCAACGCAGAAGACGAGUUGAGCUUGAUGAUCCGGGAAGAGCAAGAGAAAGUACUGGACGUAGGAACCCAAGGGGGCAUGACCAAGCGCUUUGCUGCGCAGACUGGGCUUGUCGGUGAGCUGGUCAGCAAGCAUAUGACGGAAUACAUAGAGGCCCAAUUAGCGAAACGACACUCAUCUGCCCCGGGCGACGCGCCUGGCCCAGAUGCAUCAUCCAAUGGGGCCAAGACCACCGCACAAGUCAACGAACAUGAACUCAAGAACAAUACAGAAGGACAUCCCAUCAUGCAGGGCAAAUUGAUGGAGAUCGACCUCGGCGAAGAAGCCCGGAGCCGCAACGAGACCAUGACGGAACGCGCGCGGCGGAAGCUCCAGGGCGAAUCAGUCGAGGACGAGGAACAGGCGGCCCGGCCCAAGAAGGUUAGGCUCGGCCGCGAUGGCAAACCCUGGCGGUCACGCAACAGGAGGAACAGCGAUGCUAUCAAACGCGACCAGCUUGUCGAAGAGAUUCUGAGAGAAAGCAGACUGGAUGUCUAUGAUGCACCAGCAGCCGCCAACGCGUCAGCGAUUAAUGACGAUGAUGGCGCCGCGGACGAUCGAAUCGCCGAAGAGUUCCGUAGAGAGUUCCUGGAUGCCAUGGCUCAAAGGCAGCAGAAGAAGAAACCGGUUGCUCCGCCAGCGAAACCAGGAGCGAAGAAGGAAGAAGAAGUGCUCAAGGGACCCAAGCUGGGCGGUAGCCGGAAUGCGCGUGCCGCGAUGCGGGACAUGUUGCUGAAGAAGGAGAGGGAGGGAAAGCGGUGA